AUGUCGAGUGACCGCACAAGGUUGCUCGCACUCGCAGCACCACUGAUGGUCAGAGCCCUGUACUCCGCCUUCUGCACAAUCGCAGCACGCAGACGCCGAAAACUCGUCGUCGACGCUCUAAAAGCGCUGCCCGGCUCGGCGUUGUACGACGACGGCAGGCUCGCGGACGUGCUGGCCCCGCGCGACGUCACGGAUUUGCACGUCGUCUUCGACUUCGACCGCACGCUGACGGCGCACGACGCGCCGCAGUGCCACGACCCCUUGCUAAGGCUCGAGGACGUAGAACUGCAGGCGGCGCUCGCGCCGUACUGGCGCUUUUCAGAUGAAGGCGGCCCGCCGCCCUGCCGGGGCCGGCCGUUCCGCUGCUGGUGGGACGACGUGCACGCGCUGCUCGCGGCGCACGGCGUCACGCUGGCCCAGUUGAGUGAGGCGGAGGCCAGGAAGCCGUGCUAUUUAAGGGACGGCGCGCGGGAAGUCUUGAAGGCGCUCGUAGCACUAAAAGUGCCGACCACGGUCGUGUCAGCUGGUUUAGAACAUGUCAUCGUCGGCUUGCUGCAAUCAGAAGGUCUGGAGGCCGUGUCGUUCCUCGACGACGACCUCGCCGACGCGAAACGGCCGACGCGCGUGCGCGUCCUGGCCAACCGCCUCGUCAUAGAUGGCGACGGCACCGUGACCGGCGCGCUGCCGGACGAGCCGAUCCACGCCAAGAACAAGAAGGACGCCUACUUUCAUUUGAAACCGUGGUUCGCCGCGUCGGCCACGCCGGCCACCCGGUUAUUGGUUUUUGGGGAUAGCGUCGGCGACGCGGCCGUCGCGGCGCCCGUGCCCGCCUCCUCGAAAGCCUGCGUCGGCUUCUUCGACCCGGCGAACCCCUGGGGGAAGCGCGCCGAGUUCGAGGCGGCCUUCGACUGCCUCCUGCCCCACGACGCGUCGCUCGCGUGGCUCGCGGACCACCUAGGGGAGUGUCAUACAUCGAGGUGA